ACCAUCCUGAAUAAUUUUCCCCAAUUACCACCAUCACACUCUCAGCGUCUCCGUCUUCGUCGUCCCAAUCCUAAUUCAUCACUCCCAGAAAUCCCUAACCCCUAAAUGGACAUAAUUCCCUGAAAAUCCACUCCCAAUUUCAAAUCCAUGUCUCCGUUUCCUCUUCUCGUGCUCUGGUUUCUAGGUUUAUCGUUGUCUGGCCACGCUCUCAAGGUUCCCUUCAGAGUCAACGAUGUGCUCCCCGUUCUGCCGCACGGGAUAUCGUGGCCGGUUCUCAACAAUUUCCACAGCGCCGUCGAUUUGCUCCCUUCUUUUGUUGGGUCGGUGAGUCCCAGCAAUGGCUCUAUUCAGUGGAAAGGUGCUUGCUUUUAUGAUAAUGAAGCCAAGCUUGAGUUCACCGCCGGUGACAGCGAAGGUUCGGGUUUGGGUGGUGCCGUUCUCUAUCUCAAGACAGCGGAUGCACACAGCUGGACCUGCAUGGAUCUUUAUGUUUUUGCAACUCCGUACAGGAUUACAUGGGACUACUACUUCUCUGCUCGAGAACACACCUUGAAGUUUGAUUCGUGGGAAGAGCCUGCAGAGUUGGAAUAUGUAAAGCAGCAUGGGGUUUCUGUGUUUCUCAUGCCAUCGGGGAUGCUAGGAACGUUGCUUUCUUUAAUCGAUGUUUUGCCUCUAUUCGCUAAUACUGGAUGGGGUCAGAAUGCCAAUUUAGAGUUCCUAAAGAAACACAUGGGAGCUACAUUUGAGAAACGCAGUCAGCCUUGGCAUGCAACUAUUGACCCUGCAGAUGUUCAUUCUGGAGAUUUUUUAGCUGUAUCAAAGAUCCGUGGUAGAUGGGGAGGUUUUGAGACACUAGAAAAGUGGGUAUCUGGUGCAUUUGCUGGUCAUACAGCAGUUUGCUUGAAGGAUGAAAUGGGCAAUUUAUGGGUUGGGGAAUCUGGGCAUGAGAAUGAAAAGGGUGAAGAAAUAAUAGUGGUAAUUCCAUGGCAUGAAUGGUGGGAAUUGGCUCUUAAAGAUAGUUCCAACCCACAGAUAGCCUUGCUUCCUCUGCAUCCUGAGUUGCGUGCAAAAUUCAACAACACUGCAGCAUGGGAGUAUGCUCGGAGCAUGUCUGGCAAGCCAUAUGGUUAUCACAAUAUGAUAUUCAGUUGGAUCGACACAGUAACUGACAACUAUCCUCCACCUCUUGAUGCUCACUUGGUAAUUUCUGUCAUGUCUAUGUGGACAAGAAUGCAGCCAGCUUAUGCUGCAAACAUGUGGAAUGAAGCGCUAAAUAAGCGGUUAGGGACUGAGGGUUUGGAUUUGCAUGACAUUCUAGUUGAGACUGAGAAGCGUGGGAUAGCUUUUGAUCAAUUACUUACCAUUCCAGAACAAGAUGAAUGGGUAUACAGUGAUGGGAAAUCAACAACAUGUGUUGCCUUUAUUCUUUCUAUGUAUAAAGAGGCUGGAAUUUUCGGUCCCAUUUCUAGCUCCAUUCAAGUAACUGAAUUCACUAUUCGUGAUGCAUACAUGCUUAGGAUUUUUGAGGAUAAUCAAACACGCCUACCUAGAUGGUGCAACAAUGAGAAUGACCGGCUUCCAUUCUGCCAGAUUCUUGGUGAAUAUAGGAUGGAAUUGCCUGGCUAUAACACUUUGGACCCAUAUGCCAGUAUGAACGAGCACUGUCCUUCCCUUCCUCCAACUUAUGAUAGGCCCUCGCAAUGUUAGAUCCAUCUCUUCGUCAUUUCUGUUUUUUGGAUUUGCCUGUUAUCUGUAACUUUUAAGGUAUCUAAUAGUUUACUAUUGUGGAAUUGUCUAUAAACCGCGGGAGAAAGUGCAGUGUGUAACUUCACUUUUUCCUUAUAAGUCGCGACUUGGAGCAUUGUAUAUAAGAAUUUAUAUGGGUGGGGCAUGGUGUGAUAUUGUAAACUUCAAUCAACUGUUGGAUGAUAAUUACCUAUGUUUCGUGAUGAACCCUAAUAUGUUUUCCUAUCUCAAUUUGUCUGAAAA